UGCACCCGCACGCACGAACCACCUCUCGUCGUCGCAUAGCAACGGCGCCAAACAACAUGGCGACGCCGCGGGAAGAGGAGGCGUCGCGCUACCUGCGGGAUCACCGAAUAGACGACCUCUUACACAGUUUAACUAGCAUGCUGUUUUUCCACAGACCGCAACGACCGCGGGAGUUUCUGAUCAAACAGCUGGAGCUGAUGAAGGCUUCCAGGCGCGGGGAGGCGCCGUGCCCUUGCCUCUUCGACGCCCCCAGUUUGGACGUGCUGUUCGGGAUACUGGACCCCACCGGCCGUGGGCACAUCAGUGCGGCCCAGUACAGAGCGGCUUUAACUACUUUAGGAGUUAAGGACUUUGAUGAGUCUCCUGAAGGUGCCUCCACAGACCAGAUAUCUCGGGAGACCUUCAAGACGGAAGCGCAAGAAGGUUUAUUAAAAAGCUCGACAGCUUUUAAAGCUUUGUGAACACAUGGGUUUCUGUUUUUUGUCUGCUUUACAAUGUAUCCAAAUAUUGUAUUAAAAAAGAAACUGGUAGAUUUUAAAUAGUCCUUUUAACUACUAUGAACGUAAAAUACAGGAGAUGGCUGAGAUGUUAGUGUUGUACGGGUGUAAUGUUUUACGUGUGACCUGGAUGCAUUUUUUUUUUUGGGGGGGGGGGGGGGGCUGGAUUUUGGGUACACUCUCCUGACAUUUAAGAUGGGCAAGCUCUGUUUUCCAGCUGUAAUUAAUGAUAUUUAAUAAUUAAUUCUUUCUUCUCUAUGUACGUGUAUGUUAUGAAGCAUAUCUCCAACAGCUGCAUAGCUGGAACCUAUAAACAAAAGUAAGUUUUGUUUAGAAAGUUCUGUGACAGAACCAUUGAAAGUAGCAUGAUCGCUGAUUGUCACUACACGAGAGAGACGUGAAUGUUUAUUACAUAUGUGAAGGGGAGGCUGAGACAAGCCGGCUGGUUUUGGAUCAGUGUCCUGCACAGUGUCGCUGCCGAAACAGCAUUUACCGCAGAUCAAAGGCAAGUUCAAACGUACCAGUAUCUUAUUUUAAUGUUACUUCGUCUGACAAAUUGUAUAUAUUGUUCUUGUAUAAGGGAAAUUGUAUGCAUAAAUAAAACUGCAUUCGUGUUGGAGGUGUUGUAAAGAAACCAUGCAUGCAGAAACAAAA